AUGGAUAAUGUACCAGCACCAUUGAAAUCGAUAUCUCCAUUUUUGAAACAAGCCAAGCAGCUUGAGAAACACGAUGGUGUUAUGGCUUACUAUUGUAGACUGUAUGCUGCUCAGAUGGCUAUGGAGAUUAAGAAGAACUUGGGUCCUUCAGGUAGAGAACUCAGUCCCUUUAUUGUUAGGAUUUUAGAUCAAGCUGAAGCUGACAAGAGUAAACUUGGAGGUCAAUUAGAUGAAGAUGGAAUGGAAAGAGAUUAUGUUGAAGGGUUUGCAAUGAAAGCUUUUAUUCAUGCUGACAAUGAGGAUAGAGCAGGUAGAGCUUCUAGAUCAACGGCAACUACUUACUACUCUGCCUAUUUGUUCUUUGACGUGUUGAAGCAAUUUGGAGAUCAACCAGACGACAUUAAACAAAAGCAAAAGUAUGCUGGAUGGAGAGCAGCCGAAAUCAACACGGCCAUCAAGAAUGGUGUCGAGCCUACUCCACCACCAACCAUUGACUUGACAGAAGAGGAGAAAGAGUUGGAAGCUAUGAAUCAAGCCGAUCAACACAAUGGCGGUGGAGAAUAUUCGCCAAUGAAUGACACUGCCGACAACUACCAAUCCAACAACAACUUGUCCAAUUCAUUCCCAUCAGCACCAAGACAACAAUUUGAUGACGACAGCGGACUUUCGUUCCCAUCUGCUCCAUCCUCUCAACCUCAAUUCCCAUCAUCGUUUGGAAACAACAAUGGACCAUCAUUCCCAUCAUUUGACCAAUCAAACAAGAACAGCAACGGCCCAUCAUUCCCAUCGUUUGACCAAUCAAACAAGAACAGCAACAACAGUGGACCCUCAUUCCCAUCGUUUGAUCAAUCAAACAAGAAUAGUGGACCGACAUUCCCAUCACCACCAUCCUAUGAUCAAUCAAACAAGAGCAACAGCAGUGGACCAUCAUUCCCAUCAUUUGAGCAAUCAUCAUCUAGAAACAAUAGUCCAUCAUUCCCACAAGCUCCCAACAGUCAAUCUUCUUCAUUAAAUAGUAGUGGUGGAAACGUACCAACCUUUCCAUCAGCUCCAAAGAAUCAACAUCAGCAAGAACAACCAUCAUUCCCAUCAUUUGAUCAAUCAAACAAGAAUAGCAAUAGUGGACCAUCAUUCCCAUCAUUUGACCAAUCAAACAAGAACAGCAACAACAGUGGACCAUCAUUCCCAUCGGCUCCAAAGAAUCAACAUCAACAACAACAACCACCUAGCUACCAAGAACAACCACCUAGCUAUCAAGAACAAUCACAACAACGUACUUCUCCAUAUUCUUCACCUCAUAAUUCCAUGAUUGAUGAUUCUCCACCAUCAUACCAACAACAUCAACAAGCCUCCCCACCAGUUUCUCGUGGUCCACACCAUCAAUCUGUAAUCCAUUCUCAAAAUCAACAAAAUCAACAAAACCAACAAAACCAACAACAACAACAUUAUCAACAACAUCAACCACAACAACAACAACAACAACAACAACAACAAUUCCAACAACCACAACAACAACACUAUCAACAACAAUCUCAACCACAACAAUCCCAACAAUAUAGACCACAACAAAAAUCAAACUAUGAACCAACAGAAGAGGACAGGGCAAAUGCACAAAAGUUUUCCAAAUGGAUUACUAGCUCUCUUCAAUUUGAUGAUGUACCAUCGGCACUCAAAAACUUGAAACUUACUUAUAAAUAUUUGACUGGUAUCGACCUUUAG